AUGGAGUCACCGGAAGAGCCAGACACUUCCCACCUGCUGUUGGAGCAGGCUCAGAGUGGACUGCGGCAGCGUGAGGACUCAGCAGACCUGCCAGACUUGCUGGCUGACCAGGACACUAAGGAGCUGCUGGCGGUGUGCCCUGGGGAGACUAAGGAUGUACCUCACAAGGGGAAAGAAGGAAGUAGCCCCGGCUUGUUCGUCUAUUACUACAUUGAUGGCCGAGUGGCCAAAGUGACGGACUUCCUGAAAACACGCCUGUUAGACACGCUCUCUGACCAGAUCAGGAAAAUCCAGAAAGUGGUAAAUACCUAUACACCUGGGAAGAAGAUCUGGCUUGAAGGUAUCGGAGCCACCUCAGCUGGAGGCACGAACAAUCUCUCGGAUUCGUACGCUGCUGGAUUCCUGUGGCUGAACACCUUGGGCAUGUUGGCCAACCAGGGCAUUGAGGUGGUGAUGCGACACUCGUUUUUUGACCAUGGACAUAAUCACCUUGUGGACCAAAACUUUAACCCCUUGCCGGAUUACUGGCUCUCGCUCCUGUACAAGCGCCUGGUGGGGCCCAGGGUGCUGGCUGUCCACGUGGCAGGGCUCCAGAGGGAGCCGCGCCCCGGCAGAGUUAUUCGGGACAAGCUCCGCAUCUACGCUCACUGCAGCAGCUCCCACAGCCACAGUUAUGUCCGAGGAUCCAUCACCCUCUACAUCAUCAAUCUGCAUCGCUCCCGGAAGAAAAUCAAGCUUGUGGGGGCACUGCGAGAUAAGCUUGUUCACCAGUACCUGCUGCAGCCACAUGGCACGGACGGGCUUCACGCCCGGUCCGUGCAGCUCAACGGGCAGCUGCUGGCCAUGGCAGAUGAUGGGACACUUCCUGAGCUGAAACCUCGCCCUCUUCGUGCUGGCCGCACCCUGGUCAUCCCACCACUGACCAUGAGCUUCUAUGUGGUGAAGAACGUUAACGCCCUGGCCUGCCGGUACCGAUAGCUCUGCUCGAAAGCCACUGGCCAAGACGAGACCUGCUGGACCUGCUUUAACCCUCCCCUGUCCUCUCACUUCCUGCACAGAACUUGCUGCCAGUUGGUGGGGCUGAGACCUGCCCAUUGCAGACUGGGCCCCCUCUCCUGGGGACUCUGCACCCGGAGGGAUGUGCAUCAUCACUGGCAGGUCCUGUUCCCCUUAGAGAAUAGCCACUCAGAGCGGAGGAGUCCUGAGCGACUCCUCCAGCAUGGCCCAAAGACCUGGCAAACCCUCCCCUCAGCAAUACCUGGCCAGGCUGGCAGCUUGGCCCCAGCACCACAAGCCAGCUUGGCCCCGGGAUUGCUGUGCCUGCGAGGGAGAACAUAACUCAUUGGUGAGACAACUGGCUCCUCCUGGAAAAGCUGGGAACUUGGUACAGUGACAGAGACAGGGAUGAUGGUGCCUGGGAGCUGGGGGCCACACGCCCUCUUCACACCAUCAGCGUUUCUUCCACAGGACUAGUGAAAAUCCGACUGCUGAAUUCAGCCUGUGCGCACGGAUGGCCCAGCUCUGAGGGAUCGGAUUGCAGGGGAUAGCACUGCACCAGGCUGGUUUCUUACUGAUUAGGGGAGCUGGCUCCUUGCUCUGGGGGAAGGGCAGACAGGGAGCUCAAGGGUUGUGUUCUUAGCCUGGGACAGGGAGCAGAGGCACAAGCGCUGCAAAGGGGACAAAGCUAACCCAGCUGGCUAGAGCCAGCCCAGCCCCUCAGAGCCUCCCCUUCCCUGCGCUAACCAAGGCUGCGGGGAACUGUGGGCAUCAUCCUGGCUGUGUGCUCCCCAGGGUGCUUUGCUCUCGGGCACUUUGCUGGACAGAAGGUGCCUCUCCAGCCUGCCAGAACUCAGCCGCCCUUCUCUCCCCAUACUGCCGUGCCAUUGCCCAUGGCAGCUCCACUCUGCCAGCCUCCCGGCCGCUCUUCUCCCCACACUGCCGUGCCACU